AUGCGAAGGAAGAGAAAAAUAGAAGACGCAAAUGGAGGAGUGUUGGGAGAGAACGCGGAUCUAAGAAUGAUGGGAAGCCUCACAGAUACGAGAGUUGUGGGGAACACUGCAGAUUCAGCUAUGGGAGAGAUCGCCAAUACAAGAGCACAGCCUCUUUCUCCACGCACGUCAGAAGAUCCAAGUACCGGAGAAACUAUCGAACUGGAAUAUCCCUUUUCAAGCACCCCCGGUUCCCAGGCACCUGGCACAGAAAACACAAGGUUAUUCGAUGAUGUUCUUCUUGGCUGGUCUACCGUGCUAAAUGGAGGGUUGGAAGAUACCUAUGGCUUUGAUGAAAGACAUGCGGAGGAAAUAUUCGGCGCUCUACGGAAUACGCAGCCGGAGCUGUCUCAGCAGCAGCAGCUUUCACCAAUCAGUCAGGCUUAUCCCAAGGUAACUUCGCAUCCUUCUUUCUCACAACCCACGAGUAGCUCGAACCCCCCCGGUAUCGAGCCUGGCUAUAACGAAAGAUCAUUGUCACCCUCUUCCCGUACGUAUACCACGCAAUUUUCAGUACAAAACUCUGCCACCACCACACCACCACCACAGAUGAUGCCUACGGACAGCGGGCAUAAUAGCCAAUGUGUUAUUGCCUGCUCCCAAAUAAUCUGCAGCUUAGAGAAGUAUCAAGUCGACAAGCUGAAAGUUCUGGACCUUAUACUUGGUAUUGUCAAACGGGUGACCGAGAGACUUGACCCUCUUGUCAACGGACAGUUCGGGUGUCCCGACACUAAAUGUCUAGCUCUCUUUAACAUUAUAAUGUACCAACUUGUGGAGAUUCUAGAAGUCGGCACGGCCGACUUCCUCGCCGAUACCUCCGACGCCCAGAGGCCUCUUUCCUCGGAACUUCUGGAAGCUGGCUUCCACGAACUGGACUUCAGCGGACUUGGUCUCGGCUACAAGGACCAGGAACGCUUCCGGUCGCAGAUUAUACUAGAAGUGCUGCGGCCGGUUUUUAAAAUAAUGCAGAAAGUUCUCUUCAUUUCGACGAAUGCGGGAUUAGACAGGGACAAUGGUUAUCAAGACAGGGAAAACCGUUUGAAAGCUCUUGUGGAGAAAGUAAAGAAACGGAGUGGCUGUUUAUGA